AUGACAUGGAAGGACAGCCUCCCUAUGGAAACGCUGGCGAAGGAGCGGUCUAAUCCUCCCUUCGACCUGGAUGCAAUGAAAGUCGCGAACCACGGCUCGCAGGAGCGGCUAGACUUUAAGCGCAAGGUCAUGCUCGAGCUGGAACGCAACAAGGCCUUCUACAACGACGACUUUUACGACCUGACGAAGGACGAACUCCGCGUCCGCACGUUUAUCAAGAUCGGCAGCAUUGUCAACUGGCUGCAGACCGAGAACCUGGACCUCUUCCAUCAGCGUCUCGCGGUCAUCUCGGUGGCCGACCCUGGCUUCUGGACCCGCUUCGGUGUGCACUUGGGUCUCUUUAGCAACUGUGUACGCUCGGGCUCGACGUCAGGCCAGUUUGCCUACUGGGUGAACCAGGGUAUGCUCGCAUGCAAGCGGUUCUACGGCUGCUUCGGUAUGACCGAGCUGGCCCAUGGCAGUAACGUCCAGGGCAUCGAGACGACGGCGACAUUUGACGAGAACACGGACGAGUUUAUCAUUCACACGCCGAACCUGGGCGCGACCAAGUGGUGGAUCGGUGGUGCGGCGCACUCAGCGACGCACUGUGCGGUGUUUGCGCGCAUGAUCGUGCACGGCAAGGAUUACGGCACCAAGACCUUCGUGGUGCAGCUGCGCGACAUUGACACGUACGAGACGCUCCCUGGCGUCACGAUCGGCGAUAUUGGUAAGAAGAUGGGCCGUGAUGGCAUCGACAACGGCUACAUCCAGUUCACCUAUGUGCGCGUGCCGCGUGCGCACAUGCUGAUGCGCCACUGCCAGGUGACCCGCAGCGGCCAGGUGACGGAGCCGCCGAUGCAGCAGCUCGCCUACGGUGCGCUGCUCACGGGCCGUGUGAUGAUGGCCGUCGACUCGUCGAACAUUGGCAAGAAGGCUAUCACCAUUGCUGGCCGCUAUGCCGCCGUGCGCCGCCAGUUCAAGUCGGACCCCAACAGCGAGUACGAGACGCAGCUGCUCGACUACCCUAUCCACCAGCGCCGCCUGAUGCCGCUGCUUGCGCAGGCCAUUGCCUUCCAGUACUGUGGCCAGCAGCUCACUCAUAUGCUUGAGGACACGACAAGGGCGCUCGACGCGCUCGAGCCGGGCGACCCCAGGCUCAUGGACGUGAUCGAGCUGCUCAAGUCGACGCACGCCUCGAGCUCGGGUCUGAAGGCGUUCUGCACGUGGGGCACACUCUCGGCCAUUGAGGUGUGUCGCCAGUCGCUGGGUGGUCACGGCUACUCGUCGUACACGGGUCUGGCGCCGUUGUACAACGACUUUGCGGUGCACUGCACCUGGGAGGGUGACAACACGAUCCUGGCGCUGCAGCUGGGCCGCGCACUCAUGUCGGCCUACGGAGAGUCGCGCAACGGCAAGAAGCAAGGCGAGGCGCUCGCAUACCUGAAUGACAUUGACGCGACGCUGCGUGCCCGCUGCUCCUCGAACGAGGAGCUCAACUCGCUCGCGGGCAUCGAGGCCGGCUGGCUCACGGCCUCGGCGCAUUUCGUCAAGGUGGCCUACGACGAGUUCCAGCGGCUGAUGCGGGCGGGCGACUCGCGCGAGGCGGCCGCGGAGAAGUGCUCGCAGCUGCGCUUUGUGGCGGCGAGUGUGCACACGACCGGCUUCAUCUUCCGCCAGUUCCGUGCGGCGGUAGAGGCGAUGCCCGAGAAGAACGACGGCGUGAAGAAGACGCUGGCGACGGUCGCGCUCCUCUAUGGUCUGUGGCAAAUGGAAGAGAAAGCCGGCUUCCUGCUCCGCUCGGGCUGGCUCAAGCCGGAGCAGUGCGACUUCCUCACGGUGCGCGUGACUGAACUGUGCGCGGAGGUCCGCUCGUUUGCGAUCCCGCUCAUCGACUCGUUCGAAUACUCGGACUUUGUCAUCAACUCGCCGUUCGGCCGCUACGACGGCAACGUGUACCGCGAGUACUUUGACAUGAUCCGCCGCAACAACCCGCCGCUCAAGCCCCACCCCUACUUUGAGACGCUAGUCAAGCCCCUCAUUUUGCGGAAAACGCAGGAGGUCGAGAGCGUGGGUGAACUCAUGAACCUCGAUGAGGAGAUUGAGGAAAUCCAGGUUGAAAUGAAGGAAGCACUGGAGGCCGCUAGGAAGGCCUAA